UUGGAAAGUGGUAACGUCUUUCUUUUUCCCUCUCUCUCUCUGCUUCCAGGUUGUCCCCAUCGAUCAAGAGUGGAAUAAUUAUCACAACCCAGAAGGCCUCAUCGCAAGGAAGCGAUACGCUUCUCUCUGUUCCUUUUUCCAUUCUAUUGAAUGCCCUUUCCCGCUUGUCGGAGAAGAAGCAUGAAGAGCCGCUCCACAACUCCCCCCUUGCACGUCCACGUGGAUGAAAAUACCCCUGUCCACGUUCAUAUUAAAAAGGGUCAGAAAACACCACCACCUGCAAAAACCCAGCAGAGGCACAAGCAGAAAAUGAAAGGGGAUACCGUGAAUGUGCGCCGCAGUGUCCGAGUAAAAACUAAAGUCCCCUGGAUGCCCCCAGGCAAAACAUCUUGCAGAGAGUCAUCGUACAAGUGGGAGGGACCGACCCAUCGCCUGGAAAUCACUCCUCCAGAUUCCGAAAAGUUACUGUCAGUGCUUCGCUUGAGUGAUCUUUCAACCGACGAGGAAGACGCCAUUCACUGCAAGAUGAACAAGUACGAGAAGAAGAUUGACAGCUUACUCAAUGUCGUGGGCACAUUGAAAAAUGAGGUCAAGGUGCCAAAGAGGGAUGAGCCGCGAUGUGUGGCCAAGCGUCUUCUCGAAGAGCAGAAGGACGAGUUGGACGAGGUCACUCAAGAGCUGGUGGAGACAGAACAUGAGAACACAGUCCUCCGACGCAACAUUGAGCGGAUGAAGGAGGAGAAAGAUCUUACCAUACUCCAGAAGCGGCAUCUGUUGCACGAGAAGGAGUGUUUGAUGUCCAAGUUGGUGGAGGCAGAACUGGAUGGGGCAGCCGCUGCCAAGCAGAUCCAGGCCUUGAAGGAUGUGAUUGGGAAACUGAAAACUGAGAAACACAUGACAGUUUCUGACAUCAACACACUGACUAGGCAGAAAGAGUUGUUGCUGCAGAAGCUGAGCACUUUCGAAGACACCAACCGGACCCUCCGAGAUCUGCUCAGAGAGCAGCACAACCGGGAGAAAGAUGCUCAAAAGUUGGCAGAGCAGCAAGCUACACUGAUGAAAAAGCUAACUGAUUCUGAUGCGGAGAAAGCGCAAUUGCUAAAGAAACUACAAGAAAAAGAAAAGGAAGUUGAUGAUUUAUUGGUUCAGAUACAGACCGAAAAGGAUCAAGCCAAGACAGCGUCUGAACUCUCAAAGUCUAUGGAAGCUGUGAGGGGUCACCUGCAAGCGCAGCUGCGGAAUAAGGAGGCCGAGAAUCACCGCCUGGGUAUCCAGAUCCGGAAUCUGGAGCGGGUCGCGGCUCAGCAUAAGGCCGAAGUGGACAAUAUCAUGGAACAGUUGAAGGAGCUGAAGGCCAAAGGAGAUCGGGACAAGGAGGCCCUGAAGAAAGCCAUCAAGGCCCAGAAGGAGCGAGCGGAGCGGAGCGAGGAGUAUGCUGACCAGCUGAACGUCCAGUUAGCAGAAAAGGACACCUACGUGUCUGAAGCAUUGUCCACCUUGGAAUCCUGGCGGGGACGCUACAACCAAGUCGUCAAAGACAAAAGUGACCUAGAGGUGGAGAUUGUGAUGCUGAACAGCCGAAUUUCAGAGCUGAUGGAGCAGCAGAACACCAUGGAAGACAAAAUGCGGGAAGACCGCGAUGCCUUGGUGGAUAAACUGCACAAACAGGUCACAGAGAGCACCUCUUUCAAAAUGGAGAACGAGAGGCUGAAGAAUAGCAUGAUUCCAGUGGAAGAGCGGCUGAACCAAGCUCAGCAGGAAGUGGCAAAAUUGAAGGCCUCGCUCAAGAAUUACGAAGGCCUGAUUGAAACCUACAAGAAUCAGGUGAUGAAAACCCGAAUGGAAGCCGAUGAGGUGACUGUGAAAUUGGAGCUGUGCGACAAAGAGAACAAAGCACUGAAGGAAGAAAUGGCCAAGGAGAUUGAAAAUGCUCGCAAACAGUUCCAGAGCCAAGUUGCUGAGCUGGAGAAGCUUCCUGAGAUCUUGAAAAUGACCGAGACCAAGCUGGCUGAGUGUCAGGAUCAGCUUAAGAGUUACGAGAAGAAAAAUAUGGACCUGUCCGCCAUGAUUGCAGACCUCCGUCAGCGGAUUGAGCUUCAGGGGGACAAGAUGGAAUUGACAAGGGAAAAGUAUCAGUCAGCCCAGGAAGAGAAUAAGCAGUUGACUCUCAAGUUGGAGGAGCUGGAGAGGAAGCUUGAAGCAACAAGUGGACAGAACAUAGAAUUUCUCCAGAUUAUUGCGAAAAGGGAAGAGUCUAUCCACCAGUCCCAGCUCCGGUUAGAGGAGAAGACCAGGGAGUGUGGGUCCUUGGCACGCCAGCUGGAGAUGGCCAUUGAUGACGCCAAGAGGCAGCUGGAGCAAACAAGGGAUCGUGCUGCAGUAAGAGAAAGGACAGCCCAGUCGAAGAUGUUGGAUUUGGAAACGCAGCUGAGCAAGACAAAGACAGAGUUGAAUCAGCUUCGACGGAGUAAAGAUGAUGCAGAACGCCGCUAUCAGAGCCGCCUUCAGGACCUGAAAGAUCGGCUCGAGCAGUCCGAGAGCACGAACCGCAGCAUGCAGAACUACGUGCAGUUCCUCAAGUCUUCCUAUGCCAACGUCUUUGGAGACAGUGUCUUAUCCAGCUCUCCCAUUCGUCCCCGGUCUCCUCUGUAGUGGUACCUUUGCCCUCCCUGCCCAAUCGUUCCUUGCAAGAGGCUCAGUUGGUGGGAAGGGGCAUGUAACCAACUUCAAAGCCAUAAUCUGGUUCUGGAAUCUGUGUGUCUUGGAAUCCUCAUCCGACUGUUGGAACGAGAGAGGCAUCUUGCACGUGGGCUGAGGGGAAGGGCCCCAAGCGUUGUGUUCCCCCAGCUCUGCCAAGACUCCUAGUGCCUUGCCCAAGUUACAUCAUUUGCCGUACCCUGCUUGGUUUUUAAUCAACUUUUAUCCUUUUUAAAGUUUUGUAUUAAUGUUUGGGAAUGCCUUAUUCACUGUUCCCUCAAAUUUCGAAGAUCAUGUUGUAGGAUACUGAGCCAAUGGGAUUUUUAUUUGGUGGUGUCAACUUGUAAACAAUUGUGCAUGCUUUUCUUCCUUGAACCAGAUGCAGUGUGUGUGUGUGUGUGUGUGUGUGUGUGUCUGAGAGAGAGAGAGAGAAAGAACGAAAAUAAUUUCUUCCCGCAAGUUUAUUUCAUAUGAGUGAUGUUGUAAUUACAUAUUUGGAACCACAGUUAUAAGAGAGAUAUAUGUGAAAUAUCCUGGUUUUAUGGCACAAUUAUUAUCUUCCUCUUAGCUUUAUUUCAUAAGAAUUACUAGGAUCUGCAUUUAGAGAGCCACAUAAAUUUUCUUUCAUAUAAAGGAAUGAUAUUCUGUUUGUUAAAUAUCCCUCUAAACAAUUUGUCUCCAACUGGGUGGGAGGGUGAAGUUGCAAAUGUUCUGGAUAAUAUCUUAGCUUUUACUCUAUUAACCAUGAGAGUUUGAUUCUGGAGCAGGCUUUAUCCUUCCCUGACUGAACUCCUAGAGAAACCAGUUUGCUUUACUGAAUGUAAAACACAGUGUUUCCACCACUCCCCAGUUUUCUGCUUUCACAUUUUGUUCUUUGUUGUGUGGGUGGGAGGGGUGUGUGUGAAAGAAAUCAACCGAGUCAACGUUUUUGAUUUUUAAUAUUUACGUGUGAGACCAUAAAAUUGACUUGAAAAUUUUUAAAUAUUUGAAUUAACGUGUGA